AUGCGCGUUUUCCGCCUGGCGUUAGAUCGAUGUCACAUCGUCUUCUAUCCCCUUCGAGGAGUCGAUGGAGCGCGAUGGGAUCGGAAUAUAGUAUCGGCUGGUAGUCAUUUACUGCUACUUAGUUGUGGGUCGGCCGUCGUAAGCAACAAUUCUCUUCUAUCCUUUGCUACGGACAUGGUAACUGUUUCAGCCGACGACUUGCUUCACGAGGUGACGACCGGUGGAUCGUCGUCAGACGUAAAGCACAAACAGCCCAUCGAUGGCAGGGACCAGCACGUGUGGCUUUUCGAGCCGCCGGCGUCCCAAGGCGUUUUAACUCAGGACGGUCUUACGCAGAUUGUCUUUCAUAAGUAUCAUGCUGGUACAUAUACAAUGUUGGAUAACUUCCUGAAUCCAUACUGGACCUAUUUGACGGAAUGUUUGCCGAUGAACAUGGCUCCAAAUCUUGUAACAGCUCUAGGUGGUAUGCACUGCGUUGUGGCCUACUUUAUUACUUGGAUAUAUCUGCCCUCUUUUGACACACUGGCACCAAACUGGCUGCUUCUUCUCAACGGCUAUUGUACGAUAGCAUACUACACCUUUGAUUGUAUGGAUGGAAAGCAGGCUCGGCGCACAGGAUCGAGUUCUCCGCUAGGUCAGCUUUUCGACCAUGGCAUGGACUGUUUUUGCCUUCUAGCGCACCUAUCGACUGCCCAUACGUGGGCCAUGGGUGGAAACACACCGUGGUUUUGGGCUUCACAAGCAGCUCUGCAGUUUUCCUUUUUUGUCGCGCAGUGGGAAGAGUACUACACCGGUAUUUUGCCACAUGCUAAUGGACAAUUUGGUGUCACGGAAGUGAAUUAUGGGCAGGCCUUGCUGAGCGUCAUCAACGCCUUUGUUGACCGCAAGGUGGUGUAUACGGCUGCUUCUUUGGCAGCCAUUGGCACGGCGUGGCCUGCUAUGAUGACCUACUUGAUAUUCGCAUCAAUAUUCCGAGUGUGUUCGGUUAUUGGAAAUACAAAAGGGCGUUUUUCGGCGCUUUCCAAGCUGACUUCUCCCCUGAUAGUGUCGAUCGUUCCGUUCUACAUUCCGUCGGUUGCGCGCGAACGCGAAGUGCGCUUUAUUCAUUUGACGAUCGGUUUGGCGCUCUGUCUCGUGACUAUCAAAAUUAUCGUUUUUAGCAUGGCCAAGCAAUCGUACGCGGUUAUUCAGGGAGAUAUUUUACCCUGCUUGUUGGCGGCUGCCUGGGUGCGACAUGAUGUCCGUCUAACAGAAGCUGGUUCUCAUCUUUUGUGGCAAGUGCUGUCUGUAUGGUACUUUUGUCGAAUGCUAUACUGGACCAAUUCGUUCAUUCAACAGGUUUGUGAACGUCUCGACAUAAACCUUUUUACAAUCAAACUGACAAAAAAGAAGGAUUAA